AUGUCACAGAGUAGUAGCGUCAUUCGAGUCUAAAAUGCAUUGCCAUAAUGGGUAUUAUGUUACUAAGGAGACUCAUUUUACCACUUUUCACUCCUGCAUGUUCAUGAUGGGUUGGGUUGCAUGUUCUGUUCAGUGGCCGUUAGUGCUUAUGCCGCACUUUUUCAUAAACUGUGGUCACUGAGUUGUAAAAAAGAGUUGAGUACCUGGCUGGCACAGUUUUGUAUUUCUCUCAUGUGGUUGGCCUUUGUGGUUGCUAUUUAUUGGUAUGUUUAUGCAUUGUAAUCAGUCUGCCUAAUUGAUGAAGCCAUGUGAAAUAGUACAGCCCAUGCAGACAAUCAGUUAUGUUUAGCUACAAUUAAUUUUAUUUUAGCAUGUAUGUAUACUUCCUUUCGUGAUGAUGAUUUUUAAAAGCUUUUUUCCUAUGUCAUCCUUAUUGUUAGCUCAUGCAGUUUACCCUCCUAGUGAAUCAUGUCUCUUAUAAACUCUCCGCAUAGCGGACAUGCUUAGUUUUAUCUGUUGUAAUUUCUGCAGGUAGACAAUGAUAUAUGAAGACAAUCAUACAUACGUGUUACUUAUAGACUUGUGACCAAAACUUAAUAGUACAUGUAUUUGUAGUUUAUAGACUAAACAACUAGAAUUUUGUUCCCUUAUACUCAUAAGAUCAGACAUUUGUGUGACUGUAAUACAGUGAUAACUUAGCUUUGUGUGUAUCAUGUAUGUAUAAUGUUCAGUUACAGGACUGUUUGCAUGUGCUCAUUUCUGGAUUCUCUUGGCAUAACCAUUCAGUUGAACAAGAACCAUCUUUUGUGUUGGAUAGUACUCCUCACUCUUGUCUCAGCUGAGCUGUGCUACAUUACUCCCCUAUAUCUUCCCUGGCAGGAGUAUUCUGUUGAACUCAUUUUGAUAGCUCUGCUUUACCUUCUGGUAGCUAUAGGACUACUUGUCUCAGCUGAGCUGUGCUACAUUACUCCCCUAUAUCUUCCCUGGCAGGAGUAUUCUGUUGAACUCAUUUUGAUAGCUUUGCUUUACCUUCUGGUAGCUAUAGGACUACUUGUCUCAGCUGAGCUGUGCUACAUUACUCCGCUAUAUCUUCCCUGGAAGGAGUAUUCUGUUGAACUCAUUUUGAUAGCUUUGCUUUACCUUCUGGUAGCUAUAGGACUACUUGUCUCAGCUGAGCUGUGCUACAUUACUCCCCUAUAUCUUCCCUGGCAGGAGUAUUCUGUUGAACUCAUUUUGAUAGCUUUGCUUUACCUUCUGGUAGCUAUAGGACUACUUGUCUCAGCUGAGCUGUGCUACAUUACUCCGCUAUAUCUUCCCUGGAAGGAGUAUUCUGUUGAACUCAUUUUGAUAGCUUUGCUUUACCUUCUGGUAGCUAUAGGACUACUUGUCUCAGCUGAGCUGUGCUACAUUACUCCGCUAUAUCUUCCCUGGAAGGAGUAUUCUGUUGAACUCAUUUUGAUAGCUUUGCUUUACCUUCUGGUAGCUAUAGGACUACUUGUCUCAGCUGAGCUGUGCUACAUUACUCCCCUAUAUCUUCCCUGGAAGGAGUAUUCUGUUGAACUCAUUUUGAUAGCUUUGCUUUACCUUCUGGUAGCUAUAGGACUACUUGUCUCAGCUGAGCUGUGCUACAUUACUCCGCUAUAUCUUCCCUGGCAGGAGUAUUCUGUUGAACUCAUUUUGAUAGCUUUGCUUUACCUUCUGGUAGCUAUAGGACUAUUGGCUCUCUGUACAGGACUGUCUUAUUUCAUUUUUCUAUUAGUUAUUGACGGUGGUCCUCAGAGACUGUUACUGUCGUUUCCUUUGUCUGGUUACCGUUUAUUGUUAACGCUGUAUCAUAUGAGGAGAGUCUAUUUUCUACUAUUAUUUGCCACAUUCAGCAUGUACUUGAGUGUCUGUAUUUCAAAUGAAAUCAUUAUUGUACCAUGGACAAUUAUUCAACAAUCUGAUGAUAUAUCCUUUUCUGCGCUAUUCCUACUAAUCAAAAGUGGCUCCAUAAGUGGUAUUUGUCCGUCAGAAUAUCUGACUCGCUGUUUUUUGGUUAAAGUUUAUGUGGGCCAGUCACAAGAUGUAUUAAAUAUAGUAGAAAUGGGCCAGUCAGUCAUUGGAGUUUGCUCCAUUUUUGGGUGCUUUAUAAAGUUUGAAGUGGAUCGAGAGCUUUGGAUGCCGGGAGAACCAUUGGAAGCAAAUGAAGAACGGCAGUUACCUUUAUUUGUUACUGAGAAGACAAGAAAAGAUAAGAUGUUUAACGUAAUUGUGGAGUUUUGUCAGUCGAACGGUUUAUUUUGGGAUGAACCUGACCGGUAUGGAAAACCCUUUCUUACAGACUUCUGCAAUACAUUGUGGUAUAUCGAUGGACACCACGAAGUUUUCGCUAGUAGGAGCUGCAGUAUACCCAUUCUAUUUUUAUCAUUAAGUGGCUUCAAUAAACCUGAACUAAGUAAACAUAGGAAAAGAUCCAUUUCAAAUAUGAAUCGGGAGAAAUUAAUCGAGUAUGCUACUGUGUUACAAGAAUAUGCUACCAGCAGCUGGAUAGAGCAACCUCAGUUUACUACCUUUAAGCCAGCUCUUUUUCAGCUGAUCGAGUCUUUGUUGUCAUAUGCAUCAUAUUUAUCAAUGCGAAAUAAAGCAAUGAAAUUACAUCAUUCCUCUUCCACACCAAGUGUCAAUUUCUCAGAUGCCAGUACAGUGCGAUAUUUGCCUCCAUGUGUAUCUUUUUCUCCACUUGUAAAGAAUAUAAAUGAUGUCCUAAUUACUUCAAAUGUUUAUCAGAUUAUUCACGUAAAUAAUCUUGCACCAAAAUCCCCAAGGCAAAGAUAUCUCUAUGUACGUGAGUUGAAAAAGGGGUUUUCCGUUCCCUGUUUCUUUUUUACAUAUUCUCAUGGUUCUAAUGUCGGGAACUAUCAUUUUAUUUGGAGAGCCCCUGAAGGUGGUAACGGGGAAUCUAGUCAUACACAAAAUAUGCGUUUAGUUGAAGAUAUAAAGAAAGAGAUACCUGUAUAUCAUACCAGGGCAAUGAAGCAAGAAUUUUAUAAUUUAAUUGGUCGUGUUUCACGUAAUAGUAAGCCUUAUCUCUUACGAUCAAUAUAUCAGUCACUUUCUGGUGAUAAUUCAGCAUCCCGGACAACAGCUGAAGAAGAGAUUGAUAAACGUUUAAUUGAAGUAUUUUCAGCAGAGGAUCCUGAAAUAAUAGUUGACUUGCGUGAAUUGAACACAAAUUUAAGUGAUAACUAUAGUACUUUUUGGGAGAAGUGCUCCAUGUUUUUAUCAGAAUGUACAGCAGUACAUGAGAGAAGGCAUGACACAGUUGUGUUUAUGGCCAAGGCUAUUUCUAUUCGUGACCUGCUUCAGGAGGUUUCUAAACUAUGUCCCACAGGCACACCUAUACCAUCUAAGUCAUGGGUUCAACUGAAUUUCUGUCCUAGAAAUCCAUGCACUCAUUCAUCCAAAAGAUAUACUUCUAAAUUACAGGCAAAGCAUAUAGUUCAAAAGCGUCAAUUUCGAAAAUCUCAUCCUGAUUCUCAUUACUGUGCAGCUUUAUUCCGCUACAUGAGAGAUUAUGCUGUCAAGUAUCAUAAUUUAUCUCUCUUUGUUUGCAUUGAUGAUAAACACACUAUUAAAGUUGGGGAGCCCGGCUUUCCGUUAGCAGCAGCAGAGAGAGGUCGUGAGGUAAUUGUGUCAACCAGUAAUACAUUUGUAGUAGGAGAUCAUGAUUUUUCUAAAUUUAAGAUCACACCCAGUGUAACAUUGCUAGUUGACAUCCCUGACUCAAUUGAAGGUUCUUUUUAUACUGGUCAGGUCUUUAUUGGGCUUAAAGACUCUGUAUUUGAACCAUCUUCACCUAUACGUCAUGCUACAGAAUUAUACAAGAUCCUUCUGAGAAGAAUGAGUGGUCGUAGUAUUUUAUUUGUUUACUCAGAUGGGGGCCCUGACCAUAGGCUCACGUACUUAACUGUGCAACUGUCUUUAAUUUACAAAAAAGAAGAGGAGAGAGGCAAAGGUUACUUACAAGAUGAGCAGCUUUAUUGA